UUUGCAUGUUUCAAAGCAAAAGAUCUGCAAGAAUUUGAUCCCAACAGCUUCAACGGAUUUGUUUUCCCACCCAGUAUUUGUAAUCGCCCGGAUGUUAUGAUUCGUCUUGCUAGUGUACCGUACGGAGCGAUAAAUGAUCUCAGUGAAAUUGGUGUGAUUCUGAUCGGUGGAGAUGCAGUAUGUCUUGCAGUCUGUCAAGAAAAAGGAAAAGCUGUUGAAAAGGAUUAUGAGAUGCACAAAGUAAUCGCUCUUUCUUAUCUAAUAUCAGGAUAA